CUCUCCCCAUAGUCCAGAGCUUGCUCACUGAGAACCAGACCUCUCUCCAUCAUCGGCCUUGCUCGUCGAGAACGAGCUCCUCCACAUCAGGGGUUUCUUGUGUGUUUUGAAGGUUAGGGUUUUUGCAAUCUGCAACGAAGGGUUUAUGCACUCUGCGACGAAGAAAAAAUGGAAGCUAUCCAGAGAGCCAGUAACAUUUUUCCCUCCCUUUUCAAAACAAAACCCCUCAACUCCUCCCAUUUUACGCAGACUUUCAUGGCGAGGUGCUUGGCAAGGUACUUGAGUACUCAAGCAAUGCCCAAUCAAGCAAUGCCCAAUAGUUAUCAGAGGCCCAAUCAAGCAAUGCCAAAUAGUUAUGAGAGGCCCAAUCAAGCAAUGCCCAAUAGUUAUCAGGGGCCCAAUCAAGCAAUGCCAAAUAGUUAUCAGAGGCCCAAUCAAGCAAUGCCCAAUAGUUAUCAGGGGCCCAAUCAAGCAAUGCCCAAUAGUUAUCAGAGGCUACCUAGCCAUGGUGAUCGAGUUUUCCAGAGUCCCAGUCAGAGACCACCUGAACUAGUGGAUAACAUGAAUCAAUUUCAAGAACCUAGGGCUUACACUUCACCCAUGGAGGAUUUAAUCAAAUUUUGCAAAGAGGGAAAGGCAAAAGAGUCUAUUGAAACUCUGGAAGCGAUUGAAAAACAGGGGAUUCAACUGGAGCCAAAUAUGGUCUUUGCGAUUUUGCAGGUAUGUGGAGAUUCAAAGGCUUUAGAGGAAGGUAAGAGCGUCCAUGACUACAUAAUGAGAUGUCCUUUCAGGAAUUUGUACAUGUAUAAUAAGGUCAUGGAGAUGUAUUGUAAAUGUGUAAGCAUGAAAGACGCACGCCAUGUGUUUGAUCGAAUCCCUGAAAGAAAUUUAGAUUCAUGGAACCUUAUGAUCAAGGGCUAUGCAUCAAAUGAUCAAGGAGAUGAAGCCCUUCAAUUGUUUGGGCACAUGAGAGGAGCAGGGGUGAGCCCAACCGGGGAGACUUUUGUUUCAGUUUUAUUGGGAUGCAGUGUUUUGGAAUCAGUAGAAGAGGGAUUUAUCCAUUUUGAAUCGAUGGAAAAGGAUUAUGGAGUUUCUCCUCAAGUUGAGCAUUAUGCAGGAAUGGUGGAGGUUCUUGGAAGGUCGGGCCAUUUAACAGAGGCAGAAGAAUUUGUUGACAGAAUGAUGACUCCACCGCCAAUUUUAGUAUUGGAAACAUUGAAAAAUUAUGGUAGCAUUCAUGGCGAUAUCGAUCUUGUUGAUAGGGUUGAAGAGCAAUUGAUUGCUUUUGACCCAUCUCGUGAAGCCCAGAAAUCUAAUGCUCCGAAGGUUCUUCCUCCGAGAAAGAGGCUUGGAUUGAACAUGCUUGAGGGGAAGAAUAAGGUGAAUGAAUAUAGAGCUGGAACCAAUCCUCAAAAAGGAGAGGCUUAUGAGAGGCUCAAAGGUUUAAGUGGUCAGAUGAGAGAGGCUGGUUAUGUGCCUGAUACUAGAUAUGUACUUCAUGAUAUUGAUCAAGAGGCAAAAGAACAAGCUUUGCUUUAUCAUAGUGAGAGGUUGGCCAUUGCUUAUGGACUUAUUAGCACUCCUGCUAAUACCCCGUUGAGGAUUAUCAAGAACCUUCGUGUUUGUGGGGACUGCCAUAAUGCUAUCAAGAUCAUGUCGAAGAUUGUUGGGAGAGAGCUCAUUGUGAGGGAUAACAAAAGGUUUCAUCAUUUCAAGGAUGGGAAGUGUUCAUGUGGUGAUUAUUGGUAAAAAGAAUGAAUUCGGUUCUUCUUUAACAACUUCCGUGCUAGUCAGAAGUAAAUAGACUUUUAGAGUGAGCUGUUAUGGAGUCUUUUUCCCUGAAGACAUUAAACAAUUGGAUUUGGCAAUAUGGUUGGCUGGUAUGAUCUAUGAGGUUCAUCUGAAUUUAGGUCAAUGAGAAGGAUUCCUUCCACAGGCUAGUUGAGAGUGAAAUGUUGAUGUUAUACUUGAGGAAGGAUGGUAUGCUUGUUAUGAACUGUUGAGCUUUAUAGAUGUUAUAUUUAUGUUUUAGUUUUAGGUUGUGCUAGGUGAAAUUCUCUCUUGUUGAUGGAACAAUUUGAACUUUAGAUUAUUCUAAUCCUUUUCUUCCUAAUAAUAUGGGGGUAUACUGUCUUAUGGUUGAUUGUGA